AUGGUGUGCAAUAUAUACUUAGAAAAAGUGGCACGCAAGGCUGUUGGGUCGUGUACAGUUUCGAAGGUACCUGUUGUUUAUCAGCACGAGGCGGUGCUUCCAGAACCUCCACAAAAGUAUAUAAGACAGCCAAUCAACUUUUCGAUUUUGGACAAUGUUGGUCAUGGAAUUCCCACCCAAGAUCCGGUUUCUAAUUAUUAUGGACAACCAUUCAUCCAGGCUGCAACACUUAAUCGGCAUGGUAGUUCUUCAGUUAACAGUCAACUUCCUGGGCGGCAGCACAGUACGGUUGCGUGUCGUACAGUAAAUUCAAAACCUUAUCUAGAGUAUGCUGCACCCACUAAUAAUGUGAGACCACAAGUUGGUACAAUGGGAAGGGCAACCGUUAUUUGCCGUGGUGGUAUGUUGCCACCUCAACAGUUCGUAAAUGCAUGUGGACCUACAGUAAUGCAACAUGUACCUAGCGGAAUCAAUUCUUCUGUUUGUAGUAUAUCAUCAAAUUAUGCUCCAAGUUCAGCUUCUUGUGUGAAUAACCGUUCUGUCAACCCAGAUAUUUCGUGUUCAGCAAUGGGUAAUCCCCGGUCACGUAAAUCAAGUGGAUCUUCCGGUGCAGGUUCAAAUGCUGCUCAGUAUCAUCAUGGUCAUUAUGCUCCUGGUCAACCCUGUAUUCAGUCCUCUAACAAUGAACAAAUAAUGCAUCCGUCACACGUAACAUAUAAUAAGCCUACUGUUCAGUCUCAGUAUAUGGCUUCGCAAAUCUCCCACGCUGUCGUUAGUGGGACAUCACAAUCAGCACAUAACAAUAGUGAGGGGCGUCAUUUACUCUCUGAUAGAAAUGAAGUAGUUAUAACCGGUCAAGCGCAUCUACUUCAAAGUCAACAGCAGAAUAAGCGGAUAACUUCAGUACCAGCAAAUAAUUCCCCAGAAAUUGUUCACUCUCAGCAAUUAAAAACUCAACAGCAAACAAUUCAACAACAACUACCACAAUAUCAGCAGAAUGUUCGAGAUUCAGUAAUUUACCAAAAACAAUCAACAUUGGAAAUAGACGAAAACCUAACUAAGAUGAGUCAGUUAAAUAUUGCCAAUCAAGCUGCUCCAAACACGCAGCCGCAACACCAAACUGUCAAUGAACCUGAUGAACAUUUAACCAUACCGCCUCCUGGCGCAUUCCGCUAUGAUAGUGAACAAGAAUCUCAAAUUAGUCAAAUCAAAGGACAAAAAAAAAGUUUCAAAGAUCCUGCAUGGGCACCUGACUUCUAUAUUGAGAAAGGCCAGUCUUGCUUAUCGCCAUUAUUUACCUACAUUAGUGAAAUGCAACCCAAAGUUCCUUUUUUAAAUGAAUGCUUCGCCCCUUGAAAUCCGUUAACACAAAUAACGAAUUUUGACUAGCAUUCAGAAUCCAAAGGACGGUAUAAACCAGAUCAGAUUGAUAAUGAUAGCAUGUGCACUUUUAAGUCUUUGCAUUUUUCAACGAAAUUCCUAAAAUUUGACUACCCA